GGAGCUAAGAAUAGGAUUGGGCUAGGCUCCUGGCUCAGGUGGGGGCGUGCCAAUGCCAGCCAGGAAGUAGCCUGCUGGAGCCAGAGAACAGGACAGGGACUGAGGCAGUGGGGCCCAAGACCCAGGGUUCCAGGGAAGGAGCAGAGUCCAGCUCAGCUCAUAAACAGAGCUGAUAGGCCAGGGCUCAGGGCAAGGGCAAGUACUGUCACCCAGGGCAUUGGUACCAGGGUCAGGAGUUUAGCUCGGUGCUCAGAGGAAGCCCCCACCCGGCCCCCAUGGCCUUCCUGGUGGCUGGGACCCUGCAGGUGGCCUCGAAGAUGGCAGAUGCUCGACAGAGUCUGGAAAGAAAGGUAGUGGGAGGCACUGCCUGGCCCAGCCCAUUCCUGGCUCUCAGCUGAGCCCCACCCCAGCCCAACUCUGGCCUUGCCUCCCCAGGGGAAGUACGGCUUGCAGGGUCCAAGGGUGGCUCUGACACUCCGCAGCUCUGAGGUGUCAGCGUCUACAGUUGCUGUCCUGGAGGGUGUGUUCCGGACCCUGGGCUUUGAGAGCUGCCAGAGGAGGGAGGCCUCUGUCCAGCUGCCCCUGAGCCUGGAGCCUUCCUCACUGGCCUGAGCAAACUCUGUGGCCGAUUUCCUCACUGGUCUCUGCUGCAGCUGCUGACAGAGGUGGGGGCUCUAGAUGGGGACUCUCUGGGAGGGUUGUGUGCCAGUCACUUCCCCUGGCUCUGCUGUGCUUUCCUGAACCUGUUUGAUGGUUCGAUUCAUCCCCCCAUUCAUUGUACAGAUGAAUCUUUAUUGUCUAUGCAUGUGGUAUCAGCCUCGAGCCCUUGUAUCCCACCCCACCCGUGCCCCUCCUCACCCCACUCAAGAUCCCCCAGACACUCCCAACUGCUUCUCAGCUCCACGCCUUUGCCCACACCACUCCCUCCGGCUUGCCUUCCUGUUGUCCCAGCCAGCCUCACACAUUCCCUUCCAGGCUGUCAGUGAUGCCCUUCCUUGAGCUCCCUGAGUCAGCGCCUAUACUUCUGCCCAGCACUGUUCACAUUCCCACAGUGCCUGUCCCAUCAGAUUGCAGGUCCCUGGAAGCCAGAGUUGUGAAUGAUCCAGUUCUGGUCUGGGGUGGAGGCCCAAAGGUCUCACUGGGCAGUUGGGUGGCUGCUGGUGACCCUGGAGGAUCAGGGUCAGGACCCAGGUGUACCUACCGUGUGAGCCUUCGCAGACAGUCCCCAGCCUGCUCUAGGGAGCGCCCCAGCUCUGGGUGGGGAGUGGUGUGGUUAACGGCAUGGCUGCUAUCCACUUAAGGACGUCCGUGUCCAGGGAAGCCCAUGACAUUGAACCUGAACUAGGACAUCCCCUUCAUGCCCUCCCCUCGUUUUGUCUUCUCCUCUCUACAUUCUGGCAGGGGACCCCAAAGACACUGCAGUAGCCAUGAUCUAGUCAGGCUGUACCCUGAAGCCAGUAUCCUGUUCCCUCUCCAAACUGCACCCCCGUGCAACAGCCCCCUAGGGGUUUCUGGUACCCCCCAGGUCUUCUACAGGACAGCCAAAGAGUCAGAAGGCACCUGCUGUCCAGUCCUCCGGAGUUCCUUGCGGGGCGCACUGUGCCUGGGGGACGUGGAACCCUGGGAGCCCCAGCUGGAACCCAGCCCCAGCGCUCAGUAUGACCUGUCUGGGACCAGGGCUGCGCUCCUCCUGUCCGUGGUCCACGACCGGCCCGGGGCCCAGCACGAUGUGGAGGCGCUGGGGGGCCUGUGCCAGGCCCUGAGCUUCAAGACCACCCUAAGGACAGACCCUACGGCCCAGGCUUUCCAGGAGGAGAUGGCCCAGUUCCGAGAGUGCCUAGAUGCCCUCAGGGACCCAGUGAGCUGUGCCCUUGUGGCCCUCAUGGCCCAUGGGGGGCCACAGGGCCAGCUGCUGGGGGCGGACGGGCAAGAGGUCCAGCCAGAGGCACUGGUGCAGGAGCUGAGCCACUGCAGGGCCCUGUGGGGCUGCCCCAAGAUCUUCCUGCUCCAGGCCUGCCGUGGGGGGCAGAGGGACGCCGGCGUGGGGCCCACAGCUCUCCCCUGGUUCCGGCGCUGGCUGCAGGCCUCACCAACCACCCCCUCGCAUGCCGAUGUCCUCCAGAUCUAUGCUGAUGCCCAAGGCAGCUCCUCAGCGGGCCCCGCUUCGGGGAGCCCUGACCAAGCAGAUGUCCUGAUGGUCUAUGCAGCUGCCGAGGGCUGUGUAGCCUAUCGGGAUGAUGAGAAGGGCUCAGACUUUAUCCAGACUCUGGUGGAGGUCCUCAGAGCUGACCCCGGGGCAGAGCUCCUGGAGCUGCUGACUGAGGUCAACCGACGGGUGUGUGAACUGGAGGUGCUGGGUCCCGACUGCCAGGAGCGCCGCAAGGCCUGCCUGGAGAUCCGAAGCUCGCUUCGGCGCCGGCUCUGCCUGCAGGCCUGACUGCGCCCCUGCCGCCCCGGGGGGGGGGGUGUGUGUGUGUGUGCCAACAGUGGGUGCUGCUGACUCCAUCCACUCUACGGGCUCCUCUUCUGUAAAUGGGUGCAGAAGCGCGGGCGCGGGGCUAAGGGAGGGGGUGUGCAAUAAACUUCUGUGGAUGAUCGCUGUGCUCAUGAACAGUGCCUGCCCUCGGAGGCGAGACAGUGGGAGAACACAUGCAAAGUGCCUGGCACUCCGUAACGGUGCAUUUGUGCUCCUAGGAGCCGGAGGCUGGGGCUUCCGGCGGGCGGAGGGACCGAGGAACCCUGCACGGGCUAGGCUGGGCUGGAUAUUCCCAGAGGGGGCAGCCGGUGCCCACACCGCUGUCUCAGCUCGCGCACCCCGCCGGCGUCCGCGCUGGGGCGGUGGGAAAGCAGGAGAUGCGGUCUCGGCCUUCACGCAGGUCAGAGUCCAGUCUGGGACCCCAAGACUGGACAGAGCACUGCAGGCUGAUCGGUGCUGUGGUGCGGACAGCACGGGGGCGCGGGGGCUGCGGGGGCAGUGGGCAGCCUCUCACCCAGCGCGCUUCGGGGCCACGUGCGGGAAGAGCUUCCAACCCGCUGGUUAGGUCAGGAGGAGCCGGCGCGGCCUCAUCGGGGCUCGAACUCGGAGUCCAGUUCUUUUGGACCGUCCUCGCGGAACGGGCGGGCCUGCUUUCGGCGCCGGGCUCCAGCUCACAGCUCCGCCCCCACAGGGCCCGAGGGGCGGAGCUCCUCGCUGGUAGGAGCAUGCGUGUUCCGGCACACCACGCAGGCGCCUAGAACAGCUUUAUGAGAGAAGCUGUGGAAGCGUCAUUGGUGGGGCCGCGUGGCCUAAUGGAUAAGGCGUCUGAUUCCGGAUCAGAAGAUUGAGGGUUCGAGUCCCUUCGUGGUCGCUGCAGUGUUCGUUUUGCUCCCUCGCCUUUAAAUUUUCCCUCUGUCGGGACCGCGCCCUCCGCGGAGUCUUAGGAGGCUCGGGCGGUGUCCCCGUCGCACCGCCCGCCCUGCCGCGCCCGGGAAGCCGCUCAGCUCCUGCCAGGCGCGGAGCCCGGGAGCUAGGGCCUGCUCUGCGCCCCUGGCGACCCCGAGGGCGCUGCGGGGCCCAACGCAGGCCAGAACCCGAAGCCAUCGCAGCGAGUCCGACAACCUCAGACGAGGCGGGUAUAGUUCAGUCGACCAGAGCUGUGACAGACGAGGGGAGGAGCUGGAUUGUUGCAGGGGGACGGGGGGAGUUGUCCCAAGGUCAGAGGACAGAUGGGAAAGAACACCCCUCCGCUGGUGGGAAAGCUAACGCUGGGAUCUCUGACCGUGAGAAUCUCAUACUCCACCGACACAGCUAGCCCGAGGAGAGCCAUUGCGGAGGGCGCUUGGGACAGAGACCUCAGGCCCCUGGGCUCUAUUGAAAGCCGCGGAGACCUGAACCCAGGUAACACCUCCUGUCUACAGGGCAGUGUAGGGAGGAGGACAAGGACAGGGAUGACACUUUUCCCAGUCGCCGGGUUGGUACCCCUCCUCUCUCCUCUCCCACAUUUUGCGUAGCUAAUUCCUUCUUGCUAGUAGUUAUCACCGGAUCCUGAUUCUCCUGCAACGAGAAAGAAAGGGCUCGCCCAGGAUUUGAUCCCCAGGCUUCUCGCACCCUAAGCGAGGAUCACACCCGAGUCAAACGAGCUGAGCGACACCUGUGGCCCCAGAUCUUUGGGCUCCAUCUGCGCAUGCGCGGUCUCUCCGGGGGUCGGAGGAUGCUCUAGGAGCCGGCCAGGUAAAAAUCUCCCAGACUGCCGGGCACGGUGUAGAGAACAAUCAGAAACCUUCUAUACCACAAUGCCCAAAGCAGGGAAGACCACUGGAGCUUUGUCAUAUACACAU